CAUUUCAAGACUCCCAUCAUUUCUCUUCAUUUGCAGAGGAAAUCGGAGCCCUAAUCUUCCCCCCAAAACCCUCCGAUCUCCCUCUGCAAAACUCCACAUUUCCUCAUGGCGUUUUCAGACAAAUCUCGACAUUCUCUCAUCCCCAAUUUCCUAUAUUCACCGUCUUCAUCAACCAAUUUACUCAUCUCCCGAGCUACCAACCAUUCAUCGUUUUCUGCUCCUUCACCGGUUACGGACGGAAGCAACUUCGUGGUUCCGGCUCCGAGCGAGCCGUUCGGCAAGAUCGAGAUGUAUUCUCCCAGAUUCUACGCUGCGUGUACAGCCGGUGGUAUUCUCAGCUGUGGUCUUACGCAUAUGACUGUCACUCCUCUUGAUCUUGUUAAAUGUAACAUGCAGAUCGACCCUGUAAAGUAUAAGAGUAUCUCGUCUGGUUUCGGGGUUUUGCUGAAGGAGCAGGGUGUUAGGGGCUUCUUCAGGGGCUGGGUACCUACCCUGCUUGGUUAUAGUGCUCAGGGUGCCUGCAAGUUUGGGUUCUACGAGUUCUUCAAGAAAUAUUACUCUGACAUUGCCGGCCCGGAGUAUGCUACCAAGUACAAGACUUUGAUCUACCUUGCGGGUUCUGCAUCUGCGGAGGUAAUUGCAGACGUGGCUCUUUGUCCCAUGGAGGCGGUGAAGGUUCGUGUCCAAACACAACCAGGUUUUGCUAGGGGUCUCGGUGAUGGACUUCCCAAGUUCGUUAGAUCUGAAGGCGCACUAGGGUUAUACAAAGGAUUGGUGCCACUAUGGGGACGCCAAAUACCAUAUACAAUGAUGAAGUUCGCUUCGUUUGAGACUAUUGUGGAGAUGUUUUACAAAUACGCCAUCCCUACACCUAAAAACGAGUGCAGCAAAUCGUUUCAGCUUGGUGUUAGUUUUGCUGGAGGAUAUGUGGCUGGUGUUUUGUGUGCUAUUGUAUCUCAUCCAGCUGAUAAUCUUGUCUCAUUUCUAAAUAAUGCUAAGGGAGCAAGUGUUGGAGAUGCUGUGAAGAAACUUGGAGUUUGGGGUCUUUUCACCCGAGGGCUUCCAUUACGUAUCGUGAUGAUUGGGACACUAACAGGAGCUCAAUGGGGAAUUUAUGAUGCUUUCAAAGUGUUUGUUGGGCUGCCAACCACUGGUGGUGCUGCACCACCUGCCGCCAUUGAAGUUGCAAAAUCCUAGAACUCGUGAAGUUUUGUUUGCGGUUUACGGUCGUGGUGAAACAUUGUUUUUUUUUUUUGUGUGUGUUUUUGGACAUCUAAAAUAGGUAACGGGCUUUAUUAUAUUUUUGGUAUUUGAAUAGAUUGUUUGUCUCAUUCAUGUGAAACAUUUCUCAUAGGAUUCGGUAUGAAAUAUGUAUCAUGAAAAUAGAAUUACGUCAAUUCCGCCUUAUUAGAAAUAA